AUGGCACAGGGAACGCCGCGUAAGUUCAGUGAGAAGAUAGCGAUAAUGGAACGUAAACAGAAUGAAGAUCAUGAAGCAUUUACAUCAGUUAUGCGUGAUGUUCGUGCUAUUACGAGUACUUCGGCAGCUGCGUCACCAAUUUGCUCGUCUCCUGGAGCACUUGCGCCACCGCUGCAUUGGAAUCGACCAGGUGGUUCACUACCGAACGUCCACGAAAUGGUGCAACAGCCUGUCCAAAAUUGGCCAUUUUGGCCGUCGCAAUCUGUACCUCAUCCCAGUCGGGGUCGUUCGCCUGGUGCUCAUUAUCAUCCGUAUAAGCAGACAAAACCACAGGAACGAGUACCGCCACUCGAUUAUCACCAUGUACCUUAUCCACCUGGCAGUCACCUACAACCUCCUGAUGCGAUGUGGUCAAAAGCUCGUAGUGAUCCAGCGAUUCAUAUGAAUGUUUACCAACAGCAGCAGCAGCAACAACAACAACAACAGUCAUCCCAGAAUUUUGCUAUGCAAGAAUUAAGAGCCCAGCAAGCUUCCAACUUCCAACAACAAACUUCCUUCCAACCAACUCAGCUUUUCAUAAAUGCCCAACAAAGGCCAAAUCGUGACGAUUGUAUCGUUGGUUCGUUACCGAAUAUUCCAGCUCCAGGUACAGCCGCAGCUGUGCAACAGCAACAAGCACCUUGUGUAUAUCCUCACCAACCAGUUGGACAAAGACAUAGUAUGGGAGUUUGUCAUACACUUGCUACGCCACCGUCUAUGUCCGAAACGCAAUCUGCACCAACAAGUCCCGCACAGAGUGCUGAAAUGCCUGCACCUCCGUCAUGGCCUCUGAGGAAUUAUUCGAAUAGUCCGGAAUCACUCGAAAUACCGAACAUUGUGCUAACUGGCACUGAUGGGCAGUUAGAUUGCUUUCAGGAUUUACAGGACCUGCAUUUGGACGCCACCGAAUUGCAACAGUUAUUGAACAGUGGCGAGCACGUAGAUCCAGCUUGCGAAACGCAGCUUCUUGAUUGA